AUGAGUUUCUCAGUGAAUGGAGAAUCCCAAGUCCCUCCUGGAUUCAGAUUUCAUCCAACAGAAGAGGAGCUUUUGCAAUACUAUUUGAGAAAAAAAGUUGAUCUUCAGAGGAUUGAUUUGGAUGUUAUCCCAGAUGUUGAUCUUAAUAAACUCGAGCCAUGGGACAUUCAAGAGAAAUGCAAAAUUGGAUCUACACCACAGAAUGAUUGGUAUUUUUUCAGUCACAAGGAUAAAAAGUACCCCACUGGUACGCGUACUAAUCGUGCAACUGCAGCUGGAUUUUGGAAAGCAACAGGCCGUGACAAAGUGAUAUAUAGUAACUCUCGACAGAUAGGCAGGAGGAAGACGCUUGUUUUCUACAAUGGUCGAGCUCCUCAUGGGCGAAAGUCCGAUUGGAUCAUGCAUGAAUACAGGCUUGAAGCCGAUGAUAAUGAAUUAGAGGGGUUAACACAAGAAGUGGGGUGGGUGAUUUGUCGAAUAUUUAAGAAGAAAAAUCAAUGUAAAACCCUCGAUAGUACUUCAUCCGGCGACCAAAAAUUGUUGAAUUCAUCGGAGGAAGGGACAUUGGAACAAAUUCUCCAGUACAUGGGAAGUACAUGCAAGGAGGAAUUAGGCAUGCCGAUAAACACUAGCCGUGGUCGAAAUAGCUUCACCAAACUCCCCAGUCUCGAGAGCCCCGAGGACUCUUCUUCCGGCAGCCAAAGUUUUAAUCAACCCGCGAUUGGUAUUCAAGAUUGGGUAACACUUGACAGGGUGGUGGCAUCACACCUCAAUGGUGAAAGAAAGACUAAUUGCAAGCAGUUAUCUGCUGGUUUUACGAGUUUCUGCAUCAAUCCCAGUGAUGAUGGUGAUGAUCAACGUCCACAAUUACAUCAACAACUUACGUCGUCUUCCCUUUCCAACACGCAUUACGAAACUGAUUCUCAAUUGGAUUAUAAUCAUAAUGAUUUUGAUUUAUGGAGUUGCUUAAUGCGAUCAUCUUCAUCGCAGUGCAACUUACCAAAUGUACCCCGUUUCUAG